UGCAGGGCGCGCGUCGGCGGCUGUUGCUGCUUUGGUGUCUCCUCCUCCUCUCCUCCUCCUCCUCCUCCUCCGGCUGGGAGCUUCAGACAUCUUAGGAGAGGCGGAGGAGGGAGAGAUUUCCGGGCCCCCGAAGCGGACGGAGCUUUUCCCCCCUUCCAGCCGAGCCCAAAGCCAAGCCGAGCGCCGGGUCUCCUCUCUCUCGGAUUUUUACGCACCGCGCCGAGCCCAUGGGAAGCUGCUCCGGGGGACCCCGAGGGAGGAAGAGCGCGGCGUGGCACCGUUCCCUUGGAUCUGCUUUUGGCUGCUUCUGUUUUUUUUGAUGCUUAAGUGUUUCAUUUGAUUUUUUUUAAAAUAUUUUUUUUUUGCAACCUCCUUAAAAAACACCCCUUGCCUCUCCUCCCACCCCCCACCCCCCGAAAUCCACUCCACUGGGAGCUUCGCUCGGAUUUGGAGACGUCUUGUGGAUGCGCAGUCCAAGGAAUUAUUCUUAUUUUAUUUUUUUAUUUUUUUUGGUGUGUGUUAUUAUUGGGGUUGAGAGAGAGAGAAAAAAAGAGGGGUCAGCGGCCUUGCAACGGAGCGGCUUGGGCAGUAAGGCACAACAGGAGAUGGCUGGGGCGAGCAUCGUGCGCCCGAACUCCGGGAUCCCUUAGUGCGUCGCAUCGCUGAUUCUUAGGAGGGACCCCCCAAAGAAGACUGCUGUCCCCCACUCGCCUUUGACAAUGGCUGGAUCUACGCAACCGGCAACCCAGACCUGGAGAGGGGCGGAGACCCACUACCCGUCCCACGCCAUGUCCUACCCCGUGGCAUUAAAUCAGCCUCAUGUGGAUGUGAGUCUCUUGGAAUAUCAGCACCAUCCCAGAGAAUACCCUUCCCACCUGCCCCCAGGGUCUCUCUUACACCCCCAACGGCGCAGACCCUCCCUGUUAUCCGAAUUUCAGCCGGGAAAUGAAAGGUCCCAGGAGACGCACGCUCGGACCGAGUCCCAUUCGUAUCUCUCGGAUCUGAGCAAAGCAUCGGAAAUCGAGUUUAUUGAGACCAAGCGGCCUCGGAUGGAGCUGUUACAGGAGCCGCUGCUGAGGCCUCCGGCUCUGCUCAGCCAGGGCGGAACGGAGGGUUUCUCCAGGGAUCGAGGCAUUACCGGGAAACUGGAGCCCGUUUCUCCCAUCACCUCUGCCCACCCUGACUUGGAACUGGAUCUACUCCCAUCCCGGCUCUCGAAGGAGGAGCUGAUCCAGAACAUGGACCGCGUGGACAGAGAGAUCACCAUGGUGGAACAGCAGAUCUCCAAGUUGAAAAAAAAGCAGCAACAGCUGGAGGAAGAAGCAGCCAAACCGCUGGAGCCCGAGAAGUCCAUCUCUCCCCCACCCCUGGAGUCGAAGCACCGCAGCCUGGUCCAGAUCAUCUACGACGAGAAUCGGGUGAGCUGUGCUCUUGAACCCGGGUUACGACUUCCAAGCCAUCAACUUCUGAAUUCCAGCAUGCUCCCGUGCUCUUCCCUUGCCCUCUUUUCACGUUUCAAAUGGUCUUGUCUCUUUCAGCCCCUGUACAACCAGCCUUCGGACACGAGGCAAUACCAUGAAAACAUAAAAAUAAACCAGGCAAUGCGGAAGAAGCUGAUUUUAUACUUCAAGAGGAGAAAUCAUGCUCGUAAACAGUGGGAGCAGAAGUUCUGCCAACGGUAUGACCAGCUGAUGGAAGGGGAGAAGAAAGUGGAACGCAUCGAGAAUAACCCACGGCGCAGAGCCAAAGAGAGCAGAGUCCGCGAAUAUUAUGAGAAACAGUUCCCCGAGAUCAGAAAGCAGAGAGAACUUCAGGAACGGAUGCAAAGCAGGGGAGGGCAAAGAGGCAGCGGAUUCUCCAUGUCGGCAGCGCGCAGCGAGCACGAAGUGUCGGAGAUUAUUGACGGGCUCUCGGAACAAGAGAAUCUGGAGAAACAGAUGCGCCAGCUUGCCGUCAUCCCGCCGAUGCUGUACGAUGCAGAGCAGCAACGCAUCAAGUUCAUCAACAUGAACGGGUUGAUGGACGACCCCAUGAAGGUCUACAAAGACCGGCAAGUGAUGAAUAUGUGGAGUGAGCAGGAGAAGGAGACCUUCCGAGAGAAGUUCAUGCAACACCCAAAGAAUUUCGGUCUUAUCGCCUCUUUCCUGGACAGGAAAACAGUGGCGGAUUGUGUCCUCUACUACUAUUUGACGAAGAAGAACGAGAACUACAAGAACUUGGUGAGAAGGAAUUACCGCAGGCGAGGGAAGAACCAGCAACAGCAGCAGCAACAGCAGCAGCAACAGAUGCCCCGGAAUAACCAAGAAGAAAAAGAGGAAAAAGAGAAAGAUGCAGAGAAGGAAGAGGAGAAGCCAGAAUCUGAAAACGACAAAGAGGAACUGACAAAGGAGAAGAACGAGGACACGUCCGGCGAGGACAAUGACGAGAAGGAAGCCGUCACCUCCAAAGGGCGCAAGACGGCCAAUAGCCAGGGCUGGAGGAAAGGACGCAUCACUCGAUCCAUGGCCAACGAGGCCAACCACGAGGAGGUGGCUGUGCCCCAGCAGAAUUCUGAGCUAGCUUCUCUGGAGAUGAACGAAAGUUCUCGCUGGACCGAGGAGGAGAUGGAAACGGCCAAGAAAGGUCUCCUUGAACAUGGACGCAACUGGUCCGCCAUUGCCCGCAUGGUGGGGUCGAAGAGCGUCUCGCAGUGUAAAAACUUCUACUUCAACUACAAGAAAAGGCAAAACCUGGAUGAGAUUCUGCAGCAGCACAAAUUGAAAAUGGAGAAAGAAAGGAACUCUCGGAGAAAGAAGAAAAAGGGGCCCGUGAUCCAAAACGAGGAAAGAGCUUUCCCCCCGGUGACCGAGGAUGAAGAGAUGGGCCAGGAUGGGUCGGGCACCAGCGGCAAUGAGGAGGAGAUGGCUGAGGAGGUCGAGGCAGAAGGUGAGAUGUUUCUCCAGGAUGAAGUUGAAUCUCGUGGUCCGUUUUUGCUUAGAGCAAGGAUCUCCAAACUUGGCAAAACUUUAAUGUCUGUGGAGAUGCUCGGUCAUCUCGAGUCAUGCUUGUCCCAAAGGUGCGCUCUUUGGUCUCUUUCCAAGGGUACCCCGGCUGAAGUGCUGUACAAAGGAACCAUUACCAAGGUAAUUGGAGAAGACAGCAGCAGCAGAGCGGAGAAGGCAAGGGACGAGGCGCUGCCCAAGGGACACGUCAUUUACGAGGGGAAGAAAGGACAUAUCCUGAGUUACGAUGGUGGGGUUGCUAACCAGGUCCCUAAAGAGAACAGCAGGAGCACCGCGGCGAUGCAGGAGAUGACCGGCACCAAGAGAACGUACGACAUGAUGGAAGGGAGGACGGCCAGACUGAUAUCCGGACGUGAACUUUCCUCUGCUAAUAUAGAAGGUUUAAUGGGCCGAGCCAUCCCUCCCGAGAGACACAGUCCGCUCAACUUAAAGGAACCACAUCACAUCCGAGGCUCCAUCACUCAAGGAAUUCCUAGAUCCUAUGUAGAAUCUCCAGAGGACUAUCCCCGAAGGGAAGCCAAGCAACUCAAGAGGGAAAACACACCACCAAGGGAUUUAACGGAUGCCUAUAAGGUCAGGAGCCACGAGUCCCUCACUCCCUUGAAGCUGAAAGCGGUUCACGAAGGACUGGUCACCACGGUGAAGGAAGCCGGGCGAUCGAUUCAUGAAAUUCCGAAGGAGGAUCUUCGUCGCACGCCCGAUCUCUCUCUAAUGGCCCGGCCCAUUAAGGAAGGAUCGAUUACCCAGGGUACUCCACUGAAAUACGACACAAACACAUCCACAAAUACCAAAAAGCACGAUGUCCGGUCUAUUAUCGGCAGCCCGGGCAGGAAUUUUCAUCCCAUGCUCCCCAUGGAGGCCAUGCAGGACCCAAGGACGCUGGAAAGGGCUUAUGAGGACAAUUUGAAAAGCAGGCCCAGCCCAGUGACCAACUCUGGUGGCUCCAUCACGAGGGGAUCCCCCAUGAUUAUGCCUGAGCCAGGGAAGCCUCGCCAUAGCCCCCUCGCGUACGAGGACCACCAGACGGCCCACGGGGCAGCUUUUGGAGGUCACCUGCAUCGAGGGUCCCCCAUCUCCACAAGAGAAGCAGCCCCCAGGCAACUUGAAGGAAGCAUCACUGCUGGGAAACCCGUGUCUCAAGACAGGAAGGUCACAACCACCUCCAGAGACAUCGCCAGCUCCAAAUCUCCUCACACCCCACUUCCAGAACAUCACCACCCGAUGACUCCGUACGAGCAUCUGCUCCGCGGGACAAGCGGCAUGGAUCUAUACAGAGGCCACAUUCCGCUGACCUUUGACCCCGCUGCCAUUCCCCGAGGGAUUCCCUUGGAAGCAGCUGCCUAUUAUUUGCCGAGGCACCUUGCUCCUGGUCCUACGUACCCCCAUCUCUACCCUCCCUACCUCAUCCGUGGUUACCCGGACACCGCCGCCAUGGAGAACAGACAGACCAUCAUCAACGACUACAUCACCUCCCAACAGAUGCACCACAACGCCGCCACGGCUACCACCAUGGCUCAGAGAGUCGAUCUGCUUCGCGGCUUGUCUCCACGAGAACCUUCCCUGGCUCUCAACUACGCAGCAGCAGGGAUAAUUGACCUGUCUCAAGUACCACAUCUCCCUGUGCUCGUGCCCCCCACCCCAGGCACCUCUGCAGCCUCCAUGGAUCGCAUUACCUACAUGCACAGCGCUGCCCAGCCUUUCAGCAGUCGACACAGUAGCUCGCCGCUCUCACCAGGUACCCCUGCACAUUUAGCUAAGACGGGACCCCAGGUUUCCGAACGGGAGCAAGAACGGGACCGUGAAAAGGAACGCAAGAAAUCAGUUGUGACCAGCACAGCCACGGUAGAGCACGCACCCAUCUGGAGGCCGGGCACCGAGCACAGCAGCGGCCGAACCCCCGUACACUCUCACAAACACUCCCCGGUUUCCCCUCGCACCCAGGAGAACAUUCAGCAACGUCCCAGUGUGCUGCAUAACACCAACAUGAAGAUAAUCUCUCCAGAAGGUCCCACUGCCUCCGUUUUGCGAUCUUCUUCCUCCUCCUCUUCUUCUUCCUCUUCAUCCAUCGCCACCACGUCCCCAGCCUGCUCCUCCGGCUUCUGUCCGGCAUCGGCGUUGCGCAGCUCCAUAAGUGGCUUGGACAACUAUGCCUCGGUGAUGGAGUCGGCUCACGUGCAGAAGGAGGUCUCCUCCUCCAGGACCCAGGACAUCAAAAGCGAAUGGUCUCAGCCUGAGACCAAUCACCUGUUCACCUCAAAGUUGUCCGCGGGGCCAGGCCUAGAACAGACACCUUCGCCCGUAAAAGCUACCGAGCCCAAGACUUUGUCCUCAUCUGGGCCGGGGGCGAGCCACCCGUUUAGCAGAGGACAGGGGAAAAUCCAGCCUUCGCAUCACAGCCCCCUGGACCCAUCACUGCACGCCGUUUCGGCCCCCGAGCAGCCGAGUAGAGAAAAGAGUAAACCCUUUUCAGUGCAGGAACAGGAGCUGCGAGUACUCGUUUUCCAUGGGAACUACAGUCCUGAUGGCGUUGAAACCAUAAGCCCCGUGAACUCCCCCUCUGCCAUCCACGAGAAAGGGAUGAAGCUGACUCAAGAUAAGGAGACAGGUUCCCUCAAACCUUCGGCGACGGAGAUCUCACACAUGCAACAGCUCCACCAGAUCAGUGAGGGUCACCACUCCCCGAGUCAGCCGUUACAGGGGCCCCCCACUGCCAAAGGAAAUCAGCGCGUCGUCACCUUGGGCCAGCACAUCAGUGAAGUCAUCACUCAAAACUACACGCGCCAUCAUCCCCAGCAACUCAAUCCUCAUAUCCAGCCUCCCGUCUAUUCCUACUCGGGGGCUGGUGGCCCUGUCCUGGAUCUCCGACGAGCUCCUGCCGAAUCUUAUCUCCAGCACCAAUCAAUGGAACAUGUUUCAUCUUCUAGAAUUUCCCCCGAAAAUGAACCAGACCAAAGGUCCCCCGAGCAAAUUAAAAUUCCAUCUUCGGACAACUGCAUCGAGCCGAUUUCUCCACCCGAGGGAAACGGAGAAGCCGAGCGUGUCCGAAACAGCGCCUACCCUAUUCUGUACCGCGAGGCAGAGCAGCUGGAGCUGAGAGGCUGCACCCGAUCUCCCGGAAACAGUAUCCAACCGCCAGCCUUCUUCAGCAAACUGACAGAGAGCAAUUCCGCCAUGGUGAAAUCCAAGAAGCAGGAGAUCAUCAAGAAACUCAGCACGAGCAACCGGAACGAGGCGGAAUACAAUGUUGGACAACCUGGGACAGAGAUUUUUUACAUGCCAGCAAUGACAGGAACAGGGUUAAUCAGUUGUAGGAGCCAGGCGGUCCAAGAAAACCCCAGUUCCAACAUGGGGCUGGAGGCCAUUAUCAGAAAGGCUCUCAUGGGUAAAUAUGACCAUCGGUGGGACGAGCCCGCUCCUCUCAGUACCAAUGCUUUUAACCCUCUGAAUGCCAGCCCAAGCUUGCCCGCUGUUCUGCCUGUAACCUCUGCUGAAGGACAGAUUGACGAGAUACAUUCUUCCACGCCAGGAGGGGGGAAACCAAAGGCCGCCACCCGAGCAAACAGUCGGAAGGCCAGAUCUCCAGCGCCAGGCCUGUCCUCCUCCUCCUCCACCGAGAGGCCACCAUCCGUUUCGUCCGUUCACUCCGACGGGGACUGUAACAGGAGGACACCUCUAACCAACCGGGUUUGGGAGGACAGGCCUUCAUCCACAGGUUCAACGCCGUUUCCAUACAACCCCUUGACGGUGAGACUUUCCACAGGAGUCGUGACCGGCCCGCCACCACCCACUGCCACCGUUCUGCAAGGCAACUCCGGUACCCAGAACCACGGCUGGGAAGAGGAGCCCAAACCUUUGCUGGUUUCACAGUAUGAGACCCUCUCGGACAGUGAAUGAGAAGAGAGAAGGCCAUGAUGGGAAGACCAAUGGACAGAUGGAUGUGGUGGCUAUCGAACGGGUCAGGGCUGGGGAUUCUGGGAGUUGUCUCCUUCAGACCAGCUGCCGGAGCUGUUUAGGGAUGGUUGGGGGAGUCUUUUGGUUUAAUUUUUUUAUGACAUCUGGAAAGAGGGUAUUAAAAAAAAACAAAAAACCACCACAACAAAAGAAAGCUAAUAGGUUUAAAGCCUUAAAAACAACCAGGAAAUGGAGCCCACCACCCAUACCAUCCGAUUUUGGAUGAGGGCUGAUGGCCAAGAGGAGGGAGGGUCUUUGAGAUGGCCAAGUCUACCCAACACUCAGGGGGUUUUUCAUCUUCUGCGUCAACUUUGUCCUUCAGCCCAGCAGAGAGAAGAGAGGGUGAAGGAAGAGUGUUGGCUUGGUCAACUCUCGUUGAGGUUCACCUUCCGGUAUUGGCCCAAGUACCUUCUUGAGAUGGGCUACUGACCUAAUACUUGAAACAAAGAUCAUCCAACCCCUUUUCCCGUAUCUCCUCGUCUUAGCUUAAUUGAGGGACCGCCGUGGUGGAGCUGAGUGUUGCUGGUCAUCUAGAGGUGACCCAAGGCGACCCAAUAAAUUACAGUUCUCGUUUCUGGUCAUUCAAAGCAGGGUGUUUCUCCUUGUUGUGUGCCCUUGUAGACACCGAAGUGUGCGGCUGAACUUGCAACACAUUAGAAGCAGGUAGCCAGAACUUGGGGUGCAAGAGAUGGACGUCAAGGAGAAAAACCGAAAGAGAGAAGGUUGUUUGGGACAACAGGGAGAAGAAAUUGGGAUAUCCAUCAGAGAUCAUUCCUCUAGUUAGGAGGUUGACUAUGGAUGGAGAACACAAGAGGCAGCUGUUGAAAUGCACCAAUCUCUCCAAACGCUGCUGUGGGUAUUAUCUAUAGCAGUGUCUCUCCACCUUGGCUCCUUUUAAGAUGGGUGGACUUCAACUCCCAGAAUCCCCCUGGGCUGGGGGGGGAUUCUGGGAAUUGAAGUCCACACAUCUUCCAUCUGGCUGUGAUGGAGAAACACUGAUCUACAGGGUAUAUUUUUGUUACAUUUUGGGGGUGGGGGGGGGGAAAUGAUGCCAGAUUAUUUCAGAGGGUUAUUUUUUAAUUCUCGGUUUUGGGGGGCGGGUGGGGGGGCCGAGGAAGGACUCUAAAACAGUGUUAUAUGCUGCUUUUUUUUGGUCGCUAACUCUUGUACAAAGAGGGUUUCUAUGUGGCGUGUGAGAUUUUUUGAGCUGUUUGUCCAUUGUAUGGAAAUGUCAAGAGUUAACUAUGACCCAGCAAAAUGGUUCUGUAAUUCAGUAGAAUGUAUUAACGUAGCUCUUUUAUUAAAAAAAGAAAUGUGAAUAUAUAUAUAUAUAUAUAUAUAUAUAUAUAUAUAUAGCUAUAUAUAUAUAUAAAUAUUAAUGCAGACAAACACAUACAGAUACACAUCCACACAUAUCAUUCCCCGAGCCUUUUAUCACCUGUUAGGGACAAAGCAAGGGAGAUCACCAUAUUUUUCAAAAAUUUGUCUCCGUUUUGAGAAGAAAAAGACAACUGAGAAGAAUAAGAGAACCUUGCAGGAAAGUUGAAAUAGGUAGUUUUCUGUGUGCUUAUUCAAUUGGGGCAGGGGUGUGGGGAGAGGCUCCCUUCCUCCCUCCCCCCCCCUUUUAACUCACACAAACCACCAUGGCUAUAAUUCAAAGUGAAUAUUCUCAUUUUGUCACCUGUUUUUUUUUCUUUCCUUUCCUUUCCUUGUCCUACCCGCGAACAGUGAAAUCUCAACCUUGGUAACUUUUAAGCUGUGUGGACUUCAGCUCCCAGAAUUCCCCAGCCAGCCAUGUUGGAAGUCCAUAUUUCUUAAAGCAGAUAAGAUUGAGAAAUUCUGCCCUUAGAUGGAUGGUUGUCGAGAUUUUUCUCUUACUGAAUUCUUGAGGCCAAGGAUCCCAGAUAGUCGAGUCUUUACAAGAGCCAUGUUGGCAUAGCUGGAAAAAAAGGACAAUAUCCCACUAUUGGUUGUUCGCCCCGUUGUUCAAAUUUGUUUCUACAGUGAAGUUUGCUUUCCCAACCAUUUUUCUUCUAACUCAUCCCCUUCGUUUUCUCCUAUUGAUGCAGCUGCUUGUUACGGUAUAUUAAACUCCGGCAUGCAUUAUUAAA